CGUUGUUGUUUUGACGUGGUAAAGAUGGUAUUGCUUGCUACGCUUUAAAUUUUGUCACCAAAGAUAAAUCUGUGAGUUAUAAAUGAAAGACCACACAAAAUUAUAAAAGCGUUAAAAAUAUAUAAAUACAUGUUGCAAUUAAUUUUUAGUAUAUUUGAUUAGUGCUUUUUUAUAAAGAAAAAAUGAACCGACCUCCACAACUAUAUCAACCAUAUAAUCCGAAUCCGUCUCAACAACAAAAUUAUCAGACUCCACUGCUACAGCAACAAACAAAUCAAAUGUCCAAUAAGAUGACUCCCCCUCAAAAUUUGUCUCCUAUCCCAAAUUAUCAGAAUACUGGAACUCUAAAUAGUCUUUCAUCACAGAAUGGUGGUAUUGUGCAUUCCCAAGAACCAUUUUUGGCAAAUAAUGUUGCAAAACAGAUGAAAGAAAUGCAAUUAAAUCCUCAACAACCACAUGGAGCAUUUACUCAAUACAGACCUCCAGGUCAAAAUUUAGCUAGUGGACCGUCACCUAAUAUAACACCACCAAGACCUUUAAUGACCCAGCAACCUCCUAUUCCACCACCACCAACUCAUAGUUUACCACAGUCUGUUGCGGCCCCAGUUUUGGGUAUGCCUCAACAAAAGUUUAAUGAGUCAUUGUCAACAACUGAAACUUUAAAUGUUAAAUCUUAUGCUUCUGGAAAUCAAAUACAUGCAAAUAUGCCUAUCAAUCAAUCAAGUCAAGCAUUUAUUACAACGACAACAACAAUGACAAAUAUUACAAAUGGCCCUACUAUGAUUGCUCCACCUAUUGGUCAACCUCCACAGCCAGUGCAUAGUAAUUCAAUUGGUUUUCCACCUUCAGUAUCACAGCCGAUGAACUUUUCAAAAAAUGUUGGACCACCAAUGACUGGACAACAUAUUUCAGGUAAUAUUCCAUCAACAAGUUUGCCACCUCCUAUGGGACAUCAGCCAACAAUACCAUAUGGGACUGGUCAGAAAAUGCCUUCUACCAUGGGUCAACAGAUAGGUAUGCCACCUACCAUCAACCAAAGACCUGUUCAAAAUGUAGGUAUGCCGCCUUUACCUGGUCAACAAAGGGGCAUAGCACCUAUGACAGGUCAGCCAAUGGGUAUUCCACCUUUUACUGGCCAACAAACAGGUAUGCAACCUUUAUCUGGUCAAACAAUGGGUAUGUCGCCAAUUCCAAAUCAACAAAUGGGUAUGCCACCUAUGGUAGGCCAACAUAUGCCUAUGCCACAGAGUGUUGGUCAGCCACAUGGAAAUCGUCAACCCUCUGGAAUCAAUUCCCCAAUGUCUGCACCUGUUGGCGCAUCUCAGCAACCAAAAAAAAUAGAUCCUAAUCAAAUGCCUAACCCUAUUCAAGUAAUGAAAGAUGAUCAAGCUGCCUUUAAUGAAGAAGUAUUUUUAACUAGUACACGUGGUAAAGUUCCGCCAUUAGUGAGCACAAAAUGCAGGAUUCAAGAUGAUGGUAACUGCAGUCCUCGCUAUAUGCGAUCAUCUAUUUAUUCUAUGCCAUGCAAUCAAGAUAUGGUGAAAACAAGUGGUAUACCUAUAGCUAUUGUAACAACCCCUUUAGCAAAAAUACCUGAUGAUGAGAAUCAAAUUCGUUAUGUGCUGCAUGGAGCUGGAGGUCCUGUCAGAUGCAACAGAUGCAAGGCUUAUAUGAAUCCAUUUAUGCAGUUUAUUGAUGGUGGAAGAAGAUUUAUAUGUAACAUAUGCAAUCAUUCUUCUGAAGUUCCUCAAGACUAUUUUUGCCAUCUGGAUCAUCAAGGUCGUCGUGUAGAUAUGUUUGAACGACCUGAACUGUGCUUUGGUUCAUAUGAGUUUAUUGCUACUGUUGAUUACUGCAAGAGUGGUAAACUACCUAGCCCACCAGCCUUUAUUUUCAUGAUAGAUGUUUCAUAUCAAAGCAUUCAGCAAGGAAUGGUAAAGAUUUUAUCAGAAGAGCUUCGCAGUCGUUUAGAAAAUCUUCCAAAAGAUGUUGGAAUGGAAGAAAGUGUUAUAAAAGUGGGAUUUAUGACAUACAGUACUCAGUUGCAUUUUUAUAAUGUUAAAGGUAACCUUCCUCAACCUCAAAUGAUGGUAGUAACUGAUGUUGAAGAUGCAUUUGUUCCUCUUCAAGAUGGAUUCCUUGUUAACUACAAUGAAGCAAAAGAUGUAAUAAAUAGCUUUUUAGAUAUGCUUCCGGAAAUGUUUCGAGAAGCAAGAGAGACAGAAGUCAUUUUAGGUCCUGUUAUAAAAUGUGGUGUUGAAGCCUUAAAAAGUGCUGGUAUAUCAGGGAAAUUGUACAUUUUUCAUUCAUCUUUACCAAUUGCUGAAGCUCCUGGAAAACUUAAAAACCGAGAAGACAGAAAAUUAUUAGCUACUGAUAAAGAAAAGACAAUUCUAAUGCCUCAAGGAAAUUUUUAUAUGAAUCUAGUCAAAGAUUGUAUUGAUGCAGGUGUUAGUAUUGACCUUUUUCUUUUUCCUAACUCUUAUGUUGAUGUUGCUACUAUUGGUUUAAUGGUUACACAAACUGGUGGACAAGUAUACAGAUACUCAUUUUUCAAGGAAGUUACACAUGGUAAACAGUUUUCUUCUGAUCUCAAAAAGAACUUUGAGAGAACUGUUGGGUUUGAUGCUGUAAUGAGGCUUCGUUGCAGCACAGGAUUGCGACCAGUUGAGUUUUUUGGCAGCUUUGUUAUGAAUAAUACAACUGAUGUUGAACUGGCCUCUAUUGACUCUGAGAAGGCUAUUGCCAUUGAAAUAAAACAUGAUGAUAAAAUUCCUGAAGAUGGCGUUGCAUACAUUCAAAACGCAUUGCUUUAUACAUCAGUUUCUGGUCAAAGACGUUUGCGCAUACAUAAUAUGGCAUUUUCUACAUGCUCACAGCUACCAGAUCUUUACAGAUGUUGUGAAUUGGAUACUAUUGUGAACUAUCUUUCAAAGUUUGCUUUGAGGCAGGUGCUAACAUCUACUCCUCAAGCUAUUAAAGAAAGUUUAGUGCAAAAAUGCGUGCAAAUAUUAGCAUGUUAUCGUCAACAUUGUGCCACACCAUCAACAUCUGGACAGCUGAUUUUGCCAGAAUGCAUGAAGCUACUGCCACUAUAUGUCAAUUGUCUUAUAAAGAGCGAUGUGCUGGCAGGAGGUUCUGAAAUGAGUUCUGAUGAUAGAGCUUUCUUAAUGCAAGCAUGUCUUUCAAUGGGACCUGCUAGUUCAGCUUCAUAUUUUUACCCAAGAGUUUUUGCUCUGCAUUCACUUGAUCUUGACCAUGAUGAUGAUAUUAUACCAGAGCAAAUUAGAUGUUUAGGAGAGAAAUUCCAAGAAAAUGGUGUUUAUCUUUUAGAAAAUACAAUUUCAAUGUUUAUAUGGAUUGGAUUGCAAGUCAAUCCCCAGGUGCUUCAAGAUAUAUUUAAUGUGAAAUCUAUUGGUCAACUGGAUGUUGAUAUGACUCAAUUACCUGAGUUGGAUACACCACUUUCAAAAAGAGUUCGUCAAAUUGUUGAGGCAAUACAAUCUGAACGACAGAGGUUUUUAAAACUAACUGUCGUUCGUCAACGGGACAAACUAGAGCCUUGGUUUAAACAUUAUAUUGUGGAAGAUACCGGUUUUAACACGAGCCAUUUAAGCUAUGUUGACUUCUUGUGUCAUGUUCAUAAAGAAAUCCGGAAUAUUCUUAGCUAGAAUGGUUAUUUAAAUGUCAAAAAAUAUAUAAUGAAAUGAAGUAACGCAAAAGAAAGUUUUUAGUAAAUACAGAUAUCGUUACAUCAACUAAAUAACAAGUAUAUAUCGUUACAUCAACUAUAUAACACGCAUGUUGAUUGUUAAAUUAAAAUUGCUUUUCGAAUUCUUAUUUACUUUUUUUAAAAUCAAUUAUUUUGAUAAUUACAUAAUAUAGAACACCGUGAUCAAAAACCAUUGACUGAUUUUAGUUUAUCAGUUAUACGACGUUUUUAUAACCCAUAAUUUAUUUUGCAUGAUUUCAACAACUUUUUCAAUUGUGUAAUUUCCUUUUGACAACCCUUCUUUUUAAGAAUCUGUAGCAUUUUUUUGGGUAGUAACUUCUUUAUGUUUAAUCCUUGUUAGUUUUUUUUUUUUUUUUUUUCUCUUGUUUCCUUAAUUUAUUUUGUUUCCUUUUUUAAAAAGUAGUUAUUCUUCGGUAAAUGUUAUAGUUAGAAUUUUUAUAUUUAUUUUGCUAUAAUGUUGUCGUAUAAUUUACGAGUUGAAAAACUUUUUUGAUAGUUUUUUAA